ACAACUCUGUUAUAGAUACAGGAAACUUACUGCUCCGCGGCGUUGCCAGAUCGCUGCAACCUUGUCGCUUACCAUUCACCGUUAGCCUUUUAGCGGUCACCGUUCACCGUUCACCGUUAACCGUUCGCCAUUCGCCGCAUCGUAGCGUACGCAAGUAAUGCUGUAAGGACGAAAGCUCUGCAGAAGGAGCGGGCCAGGAGGCGAACUCGCUGCUUCGCUUCGCACAAAAAAGUGAUACACACGGAAAAAUCGCUGGCAUUCAUUCACCGAAUACCGAGGCGAGAAGCGCGACCGCCUGCGAGAAACGUGUCCAGAAAAGAGAGAAAGGACGAAUGGCACAGGGCGCAUAGCUGACCAGGACGAGGAACAAUAAUAACGUUAAUAAUCUAUGUUAACUGCAGGUUGCCUAGACAUUUGACUUUUUGUUUCUGUGCGUGCGUGUGUGGUUUCGUUUUCGGUGAAAGCGUGUGUCUGUGUGCGUACGAAACGGCGAAAGGAUAUAGGAUACACGUAUAUACACGCGAGUGUGCGCGUGUGUGCGUGUGUGUGCUGGGGCCACGUGAAGGCGAAGGCGCGCAACAACAGGAGCGGUUGGGAUACAGAUAGAGAUAGAGAAAGUGACAGUGGCAGUGGCAGUGGCAGUGCUGGCGAAAAACCGAAAGUGAAAGCAGCAGCAGUAGGAGCAGCAAGGAUUCGCAGCGAGCAUUCAACGGGCGCGUAUCCUUCAGCCGUAAACUGUUGAAUAUAGAAUGACGCUGCUGACAAAAAUCAAUGUGAAGCCCAAGGAAGCAACAGCAGCAACCGUAACGCUAACAACAGCCAGGAUCCCCAGUCUGCGCCGCUCCCCCAGGAUAAGGAUAACGCUUUAAGGCUUAGCAUAAGCACAAAUCAAGUGAGAGAGAGAGAGAGAGAGCAAGCGAAGAGCAGAGAAGCGGAAGUGCCCCAUCAAGUGCAACAAUCGCCGAAUUCUCAGCAACUCAGCAACCUACAAGCCAUCCACCCGCUGCUAUCCUUUUGAUUCGUAACUGUUGAGGGCUGAGAUACAAAAGCGCAAUGAAGCCGUCGGAUUUGUUGUUGGUGCUGGAGAAGGUCAAGUUCAGGGUGCCCCUGCCACCAGGAGUCAGUUCGACGACGCUCCUGCCCAAGCUCAUCCGCACCAAGGACGUGAAGCAGCUGCAGGACGGCAACGCACAGCCACAGAAGCCCAAGCUAACGAAAUGUCUCAACACGCUGGACCUGACCUCGCUGGGCAUCGGAUCCUGCUGCGGCACGGGCAUGUACCUGGUGGCCGGCAUGGUGGCCCAGAAGAUAGCCGGACCCGGAGUGAUUAUUAGUUUUAUUAUAGCCGCCAUAGCGAGUAUUUUCUCAGGCGCCUGCUAUGCGGAGUUUGGCGUUCGUGUGCCACACACAUCCGGCUCGGCCUAUAUGUAUUCAUAUGUGGCGGUUGGAGAAUUCGUAGCUUUUAUAAUUGGUUGGAACAUGAUAUUGGAAUAUCUAAUAGGAACAAGUGCCUGUGCCUGUGCGUUAAGUUCUAGUUUCGAUUCCCUGACCGGCAAUGCCAUUGCGCGAACGAUAAGCGAGUCCAUCGGCACGAUAUUCGGCAAACCACCUGACUUCAUUGCCUUUGGCAUCACGCUGCUCAUGACCUGCGUCCUGGCGAUGGGUGCCAGCAAGUCGGUCAUCUUCAACCACUCACUCAACGCCGUCAACCUGGCCACGUGGGUCUUCGUUAUGGCCGCCGGGCUGUUCUACGUGGACACGAAGACGUGGUCCGAGCACCAGGGAUUCCUGCCCUACGGCUGGAGUGGUGUGUUUUCUGGUGCUGCAACCUGCUUCUACGCAUUUAUCGGCUUCGAUAUCAUCGCGACAACCGGCGAGGAGGCACACAAUCCGCAGAAGAGUAUACCGAAGGCGAUCGUUGGAUCCCUGGUCGUCGUACUAAUCGCCUACGUUAGCGUUAGUCUAGUCCUAACUUUAGUGGUUCCCUACGACCACAUCAACACGGGAGCGGCGCUGGUCCAGAUGUGGUCGUACGUGAGUGCCCCAAAGUGCCGGGCGGUGGUGGCCAUCGGAGCCACCGCAGGACUCUCGGUGGCCAUGUUUGGCUCCAUGUUCCCCAUGCCACGUGUCAUUUAUGCGAUGGCCCAGGAUGGCUUGAUCUUCAGGCAACUGUCGCAGCUGUGGCACCGCACCAAUGUGCCCGGAUUGGCGACCAUUGGCAGCGGACUGGCCGCCGCCCUGGUGGCGCUCACUGUGCGCCUGGAGAUUCUCGUCGAGAUGAUGUCCAUUGGCACGUUGCUGGCGUACACGCUGGUGUCCACUUGUGUCCUGGUGCUGCGCUAUCAGCCGCACAGCACAUCGCUGGUGGAGCUGCUACCAGCCCAGCUGCGCACUCCGGUGGCGCCCGGAACCGCCAGCGAUUCCCGCUCCCACGUCACGCCCGCCGAGGUGCUCGAGGUGCCUGGCAAGCUGACCAUCAAGCGGGUAACGCGCGGCAUGUCCGACUCGGACGACUCCUUCAUCGAUGACAGCCCGGAGGGUUUCCUGGGCGGGCGCGACGACCAGUUCCUCGUGUCCGAUCGCUCCGAGAACAAGUUCUACGGCAGUGUACAUGGUGCACCCACUGGACCCACUGGCCAGGCGACCGCCUUCGAUGCCAUGGGCCUGAACUUCGUCACCCGGAAGAUCCACGAUUAUGCGUACUUGUGCCCCGGCUUUUUCCCCUGGAUCAAUCCCGGCCAGGCCACGGCCGAGAGUGGCAUGUACGUCACCAAGCUAGUGGGCAUCAUGUUCGGUCUCAUAUUCUUCCUGGACCUGUUCGCGGCCAUUGGCUGGUCCGGUGGCCUCGCCGCCUUCAUUUAUUUCAUUUUGUUUAUCGGCAUAUUUGUGAUAUUAUUGAUUAUAUCGAGGCAGCCGCAGAAUAGAUAUGCGCUGGCCUUCCUCACGCCCGGACUCCCGUUCAUCCCGGCCAUCGCCAUUACCGUGAACAUCUACCUGAUAUUCAAGCUGAGUAUCCUAACGCUGGUCCGCUUCACCGUGUGGAUGUCGCUGGGAUUCGUCAUGUACUUCUACUACGGCAUCACGCACAGCAGCCUCGAGCAGACCAGCGACGACCUGGAGUUGCACGUCGACUACAGCAAAAACGUUGAGGAGAAGGCCGUGUGGGAUCAGCAAUCGUACAACCAGACCCACGAACCUGUCUGGGCCAGCAAGGAGGUGAAGCAUCCGUCGAAGCAACGCUAUAACUACGGAAAGACCACGUCCUCUUCGUCGUCGGCCCAGGGCAGUGCGCCAGAGAAACCAGGUGGCAGGAGCACUGCGGGCUCAAACCGACCUGUUCCACCACCUCCGAUUGCCGGCCAGGCGAAGGGAUCGGGUUCGGGAUCGGGCAGCGGUCCUCCGAUGGAACGCCAGUACACUGGCCAGUUCAGCAUGUUCGUGGACGAGGGCCAGUUCCCCACGUGGGAUGACUAAGCAGAGAACUCCAGUUGCAGUCGCAGCCCCUGUCCCUGUCCCAGUUACCAUUCUAUUUCCAUUUCCCCAAAAAAACCAGAUUCCCGCUAACUCCCGAGUGAUGCUCCAUCAACGAAAGACAACCCACUCAAAUCGGCUACGAUCUCAAAGGCAGUCAGUUUGCUGGAUCCGGACCAGUGUCUGGAUCCGGCCAGCCGGAUGCAGCUCACUCACUUGUAAAUACGAUUAGAAAUGUUAAGUUUAACCAUAUGGCGAGGUAUGUUGUUUUCGGUAUGCCGAUGCAUACCGUAUACAUGGCAUAUGCACAAAGCCUGGACGGUGGAGUCAUUGUUCACAGCACUCCGCUGGACCCACAGCGAGGUCAUCGUUAUACACAUAUACCAUAUACAAUACAUAAUAUACACGCAUAUAUAUAUAUUGAUAUAUAUAUAUAUAUAUUGAUUAUACAAGCAAAUAUAUAUUUACAUAUAUAGCGAUGGGUUAUUAGUUCAGCAAGAGUUAAAGUGCAAAAGUUGCCGAAUUCAAAUUACCCAAACCUUGAUACCAAACCGACCGAUUAGCGAUAGACGAUAAGCAAAGCCACGGACAACAGAUUAAAGAUAACAGAUAAUAGAUAACUGAUAACCAAUAACCAAUAACCGAUAACCAAUGAACGAUUGUGCUCAACUCCGAUUGGCUGGCGUUUUGGGUGACGUUGGUCAAUCGGUUUUCAGCACAGGCAUCAGGAAGGCAGACACAAUACUACCACUUGGACGUGUGUCUGAUCCACUUCAGAUACAUCCCAUCCGGCAGUGAGGUGGUCGCGGCGUCGGGGUGCUACCAUGCACAACUGUACAUUUUAGGCACCAUCACCCCACACUCGCAACCGCACUCACCCACACGCUCCAAUGCCAGAGACAAACUUGGAACCCUGGGCUUGUGGAAGGAUCGCCGAGCAGGUCAGAGGUUACCGUUCGUAACCCCAAAUGAUAUUGGGCCUCUGACCCAAGACGAUCUUUGCACAAUGUCGGGAUUUGCUCAGUCACACAGACGGAUAGACUCUAACACGCGACACCUGACGAUCUUGAACCCUAACCUUAUGUACCUAUGAUUCGAUAUUGUUGUUUACAUAUUUAUGCUAUGCAUUUUAUACGGCGCCUGGGCGCGAGGUUUUACACUACAGUACGCUCUGCCUACGGCCGUCCCGUCUUACACACUCUUUCGGAAUGUUAUUUGUUUUUUAUUCUAAAGCUCGCGCUAAACUAAAACUCAUUUUUAAGCGGCAUUUCGCAUUCGUUGUAAUACAAUUUAUUUUACUAAUGGAAUACAAAGCAAAAAAUUAUACAAAUAUGCAUAUAUAUUUAUAAAAAUUACCAUAUAGACAAAUACCAAAGAAUACCAAAUAUUUAUUGAACUAUUCAAACUUAAACCAAGGAUAAAACCAAAGCAAGCAUAACUACAAAUAUGUAUAAACACAAUGAUACUUAAACCAAAAGCAAAUAUGAUAAUGAAAACAUUUAUGUACAAGAAUACUUUUUUCCACUUUAUAUACUAUGUACAAGCAAACCAUGCAUAACUAUUUUUAGCUAAAUUACAAGUACAUAUAUGGCAAGUUAAAGCAAAAUCAACCUUUUUAAUAAUAAUAAUACUUAUGAUAAUUUAUUCCUUUUGUACUUCACGACUUUGUACAGGAAAGAAUCCGCGAAAGAAUAGCGAAUAUCAAAGAUUGCAACAAAAACUCAAUAACCUAGGGCUAGCCCUCGAUCUUCCGAUCUAGCCCCGCGACAGAGAUGAACACUAUUUAUAUACAGAACAAACGUACCGUCUAAGACAUUCGAUACUUGAUACCUAAUUUCGACCUAUAUAUGUAUUUCGUUUGAGUCCUUUCAUUUCCGUUUAAUCUGUUAAAUUUCGAGUGCCAAAUCAAUGCACCAUGCACUUCUUGAAUCAGUAGACCGAAACCAAACCAAAAGUUCCAUGUUCCACUCACUCAAUAUUAGGGUUUUCGAAGAGGAGCUUUCCGGACCAACUACUUAAGAUAUAGUGCCACCCAACGGUCCUGCACCACGUAAAAUGUAUUUAUGCUUUUGUUCACCAGGACUCCCUCGAUUCGCUUAACAACUCCAGAACCGAACACGAUUUGUACAUACACAACUUAUACAUACUAAAAAUGUAUAUUUUUAUGAACAAGACACAAAAAAAAUGCAACUAAGGGAAACGAAACUCAGAUACAAAUGAAACAACUAAAGAAUAACAUAUCCUACCACACAGCUUAAAGUUGAGAUACAAAAUAUAACGGUGCUCAGCGAGCCCACAUUCAUCCGAUAGUUUUGAUACCCGAUCAUCGAUCGCCGAUUGCGACAGUUCCCUAACAAGUUUAGCUUUCGUUACCAUUUUGGGUCAAACUUUAUUUAUUUUCUUACACGUUUUCUAAUGCGGCGAAAAGGGAUCCCAACUGUCCGCUGAGUGUGCGCUCCGAGAAGUUACCAUCCGUACUUCUACAUGUCGGUCACCCACAUAAAUAGGAAAUACCAAUAACAAAUGACAAAUGUUACAGUACAGGCAAUCCAGUAACUGCGGGCUGAAGCAGCUCGCUCUUCCACCUUUUGUUUCUUUCGGUACCACCAAAUUAAGAUAAAUUUUAUGGGAAUAUGAUAGUUUUAAUAGAUUUUCUACAGUUCCAAUUUAAAGCGAAUAACAACCAAGUCAACAUAACGUGCAAUAUAUAUAUCGAUAAGUGUGAAGGGGAAACCAGAAGCUUCCGUUAACAAAAGUAUGCAUUUUACUACCACGAAUAGUUUCCGUACUUUUCUAAUCCCUCAAAUGGAGGACAAACCGCACUCCAAGGUCUAUGCUCCUUAAAUCAGAAAAAAAUCAGAAAAGAUAGGCAAGGGACGAAAACCUAAUCGCACCCACAAACACGCAUAGACACGCACACAACAAGAGGAACCGGAAAACAAUAAGAACAGCAAUAAAAAGACCGUAAUCGAUGAGAAUUGUAAUUCCGAGGAAGAAGCAGACCGUUUACUUAGGAACCAAGCCUAAUUAUGAAAAAACGAGAUCGGAAAUAAUCCGCAUUUCAUUGUUUUUUUUUUUGAUUCGAAAUGGCUUUGGACGAUUGUUUUCUUAUUGAUUGAUUUUCCAGCUGAAUAUACCGGACCUAAGUUUCUGUUUAUUUCAUAAGACUGAAUUACUGGAAUAUUAUUUAUUUAAACGUGUAUAUAAUUAAGGUGUAAUAGCAAACUUUACAACUUUUACUAAUGAAACAUCAAAAUUUUUAAAGUUAUUCCGAACUUAUUUAUUAAAAAAAAAAAAAAAGUAGAUGAAAGUGAAGAAAAGAAUAGAGGACACAAGUGAUGAGAAAGUCGUGAGCGAAUGAAGUUAAUAUGCAACUAUUAAUAUACAACAUAUAUGGGGAAAUCCCUAUAUGAAAAUGAUAUAUAUAUAUAUAUAUAUUUCAAUGGAUCGAUAAAAAAACAGCAAACCAAA